AUGUCGUCCUGCAAGUAUGAUGGCACCUCUGACCCAGAUGAUCAUGUCACAACAUAUGGGGGUAAGAUGCUCUUAUACACUCAGGUGGACUCCAUAUGGUGCAAGGUGUUCCCGUCUACUCUGACCGGGAUCACCCAGACAUGGUUCAAGAGUUUGAGACCGGGUAUCAUCUCUAGCUUCUCUCAAUCCUCAUCCACAUUUAACACUCAUUUUGUAAGUAACAGGCGUCGUGAGCGCAAUACUAGUGAGAUUCUUUCCAUCAAGCAAGGAGAAACAGAAAGUCUUCAAGAUUUCAUUGGCCUUCGAUGUGGAAGCGUUCUCUAUUCUGCGUCUCCAACAGGACGUGGUCCUGUUUUGGGAAAAGCAAAUGAUUUCAUUAUGGGUGAAGAGUUUGAUAAGGCCGCGAGCAGUCAGCACCGCAAGCCUGAUAGAAUGGAGGAAGAGAAACAGAAGAAAGAGAAGGGGCGCGAGAAUGAUCGUGAUCGGGAAGAAAGAAAAGCACAGAUAUACACAAUGAACAAGGACAACAAUAAGUGGCAAUGUCCAAAGCAGAUGUUCCAUAAAAACGACGAUAAGAGCAAGUGGUGUGAUUUUCAUGGUGAUCAUGGACACUUGACUGAGGAUUGUAGGCAUUUGAAAGACAAUUUGGGGGAUCUGAUAAGAAAAGGCUACUUCACUCAGUAUAAGGCUUAG